GGGAAACUGUUGUGGAAUCUAGCAGACCAGGGCCACAAUGGGGGCAUUUUCAAGCAAACAACAGACAGAACCUGCUCCUUGCAGCCUUCUCACCGUAAAGGUCAUAAAAAUGAAAAAUCUCCGGAAGGCAGACCUGCUAACCCAGUCUGAUUGCUACGUGACUUUGUGGAUGCCUACUGCUUCAGUGAAAAAGACUAGGACCCAGACCGUGAAGGACAACAAAGACCCGGUGUGGAAUGAAACAUUUCACUUUAGGAUUCAGAAUGAAGUAAAGAACAUUCUGGAGCUUAAAGUUACUGAUGAAGAUAAGCAUACUGAAGAUGACCAUCUCCUCACUGUUUUCUUUGAUGUUUCUAAAAUCCAACUUGGAGAAACAACCCGCCUGAGCUUUCAGCUGAAUCCAAAAGGUAAGGAGGAACUAGAAGUUGAAUUCACAAUGGAGAGCAGCCCAGAUGUCCCAGAGAAGAUAUUUACUAAUGGAGUUUUGGUGGCACGUGAAGUUGCCUGUUUGGAAGUUCAAAUAGAUGGGGGAAGAAGGAAAACAGAAAGAAAAUUCACUCUUUCCGUGGGAGGAUCCCAUGAAGAAGCUCAAAACCUCACGUUGCGCACCUGGCUUUGCCGUGCUGCUCCUGCUAAAUUUCACUACAUCAAAUAUAACCAGUCAGAAUUGGAUAUUGAACUGCCGAGGAGACAGCUUCUUACGGCCUCCUCAGACACGAAUGAGUCAGCAACUGUUCCCCUGAACACUCUUCCUAUCAAAGAGCAAGUGACAAUACCACCGAACAAAACAUUUGAUUUGAGUGUGAAGUCAAAAGAUUGGACUCAGGGCCUGCUUUGUAAAAGGCCGAAAAGUCUUGAUGUGCGUCUAGGAUAUGAUCUGUGCUCAGAUGAAAAGAAUUUCCUACAGAAACGGAAGAAAGUGGUUGCUGCUACUCUGAAAAGUCUUCUUCAUUUAGACCAAGACCUGAAAGACCAUGAAGUGCCUGUGAUUGGUGUGACAACUACAGGAGGUGGAAUGAGAGCAUUAACCGCUAUGUAUGGCACCCUUUGGGGUCUCCAGAGACUGAAGCUUUUGGACUGUGUUUCGUAUAUAACAGGCUCAUCAGGGACAACAUGGACGAUGUCAGAUUUGUAUGAAGAUGCUGAUUGGUCAAAGAAAGAUCUUGGGGAGAUCAUCAAGAAAGCUCGAAUUCAAGCAGCCAAAUCUAAAAUGAGUGCCUUUUCCCUGGAAAGCCUAAAAGCUUACCAUAAGGAGCUAUGCCAGAGGACCAUAGCAGGAUAUAAGACAUCCUUCAUAGACCUUUGGGGACUCAUGAUCGAAGCCAUGCUGAAUGAUGGGAACAACCACCAUAAACUCUCAGAUCAACGACGAGCAUUGAGCAAAGGCCAGAACCCUCUUCCAAUCUACCUGGCUUUGAACGUUAAGGACAAUGUUACCACAAGAGAUUUUAGAGAGUGGGUAGAGUUCACACCAUAUGAGGCGGGCUUCCUGAAAUAUGGGGCGUUUGUUCGUGCUGAAGAUUUUGGAAGCGAGUUUUUCAUGGGGCACCUGAUGAAGAAGCUCCCAGAAUCAAGGAUCUGCUUUAUGCAAGGAAUGUGGAGUAGCAUAUUUUCCAAGAAUCUGUUGGAUGCCUGGCAUGCAGCUGACAAUUCAGAGGACUUCUGGAACAGGUGGACCCAAGAUAAUAUCACUGAAAUUGAUGAAGUACCUGACUUACCGGAGAGACCUCACGAGAUGCCGACUCGCAUGUUCACUCCAGCAGGCAGCCUUUCCAAUACUCUACGGGAUAUUUUGACAGAUCGUCCAGCGGUGUCAAAGUACCAUAAUUUUUUAAAAGGGUUCCAACUGCACAAUGAGUAUGCACAGGAUCUACAGUUUUCUAAGUGGAAAGAUACUGUGCUUGAUGAAUCCCCUAAUCAGUUGAGAGAUUCAGCAGAUCACCUGGAACUGGUGGAUACAGCAUUUUUCUUUGACACCAGUUGCCCUCCACUUCUGAGACCAGAAAGGAAAGUUGAUGUCAUUCUGCACUUCAAUUACACUGGAGGAUCACAAGCUAAGCCUUUGGAGCGGGCCUCUACAUACUUCACAGAGCAAGGAAUCCCAUUUCCCAACACUUUGCUGAAUGAUGAAGAAAAGAAAAAUCUAAAGGAGUGCUACGUGUUUGAAGAUGCACACAACCCAGAUGCUCCCACAGUGAUUUAUUUCCCACUAGUGAAUGACACCUUCCAAAGAUAUCUUGCACCCGGUGUGGAACGUAGCACUGCUGAAAUGUCACUGGGCAAUGUUGAUAUCUCUAGUGCCUUUUCUCCAUAUUCCACAAGACAGGUUUCGCUGCAAGACGAGGAUUUCAACAAGCUGCUGAAUCUAACUAACUACAAUGUCCAGAAUAAUGCAAGCACAAUCCUUCAUGUUUUGCACAAAGUAGUAGACCAGAAAAAACAGGCCUGGUCAUCUCAGGCUGCCUCAUGAAUACACCUUUCUUGUAGGGAUGGGGGGAGAAAUUCAGUUCAGUUACCAUUGAAAGGUGCCAGUUUGUGCUUUCCAAAAGUAUAUGCAAACCAAAACACAGCAAGGCUUCAAAAUUCGCACUUCUCUGAAUUUUGCAAUGCAGUUCUGCAGUCAAGUAAUGUGUACAAAAAUUCAUAUGCUAGGAUAAAUUAUGCAUUAAGUGCAUAUAAUAGUGAAGCAAUAUGUACAAAAGUGUAUUACAUAUGGGGAAAGUGCUUUGCAAAAAGUGUAUGUUAGGCAAAAAUGUACAAAAUUGUGUCUUAGAAGAAAUUUGCACUAAAAUGCUGUUGAAUUUUCAUGAGUGCUUUUUAAAAAAAUGCAAACUGAUGUGGAAGGUGGAUAAAUGAACUUAAGACUGAAACAAUGAGAAACUGAAAUUGAGAGAUUUGCCCAUCCCAACUUCCUUGCCAGCUUAAGAAGAAAACUUGUAAGUCGGGAAGAGAUCUAAUAGCUGAUCAAAAUAGUAGUUGGUUUUAAAGGAACUCAGAUAAUUCAAAACUGACUUUCUUGGUUUUUUUCAACAUGGGAGACCUCACCUA